GGAAACCGCAGACUGCAGGACGGUUUCUGCUUCCACUCUCUCUCUCUCUCUCUCUUUCUAUCAAGACUUUGCCAAAACAUUAUUGUUGUUUUAGAAAUGCCCGCUCUCGAUCCACGAAUCAUCCAGGGGCUGGCCGAGGCGAGCGUUAUAUUCCAACGAGGCGUGCCGGGACACUCGAUAGUGGAGGCAUUUCUAGUUGUUUUUGUAUCUGUCUUCGGAGUUGGAGGGGCUAUUGUGUGGGCUAUUAAGAAGGGUUAGUCCUUCGAAGGAAGUUGGAAAAGCGAAUUCGAUCAGGCGAGACGACCACAUAUUCGGGACAUAGACACAUUGAGGAGAAGCGAUGGUUAGCCUGGCUGGCACGGGAGACUUCAUUCGGUGGAAGGCUAGAUAUAAGAAAGAAGCAAUUGUUCUCCCUGACUGGUACGGAAUUCGCAUUCUCGUUCGGAGUGUUGGAUGCGUGUACAAAUGAUGAGAGAAGAAUAUAAGGCUGGCUUUAGAGAGGUCG